AUGGCACAAUCAGGCUCUUUGCUCCAAUACAGCGGUCACCAACACUUUCGUAAUCGCCUGGUACUGUCGGUAUUGAGUGGGAAGCCAGUGCGAAUCGAUAAAAUACGUUCAGACGACAAAAAUCCUGGUCUUCGAGAUUUCGAAAUUAGUCUUCUUAGACUGCUGGAGAAAGUUACAAAUGGGACCAUAAUCGAAAUAUCAAUAACCGGUACUGCCAUUCUACUGAAGCCAGGGAUUAUAUCUGGAGGACCGUUGGUUCAUGAUUGCCCUCUAUCCCGUUCUGUUGGCUAUUUCCUCGAGCCCAUCAUCAUGCUGGCGCCCUUUUCCAAAAAACCUUUUCAACUCACCUUGAGAGGAAUAACAACCGACGAACAUGACCUCUCCCUUUUUGGUCUCACUGAUGGCGUGGAAUUACGGAUAAAAAAGCGAGGUGCUGCUCCCGCUGGCGGUGGAGAAGUCCAGUUUAUGUGCCCGAUAGUCAAGCAGGUUAAGACUCUUAACUUCGUGGAACCGGGAAAGAUAAAAAGAAUACGCGGUAUCGCACACGCCGUACGCGUGAGCCCGCAAUUCUCCAAUAGAAUGAUAGAAGCAUGUCGCUCUGUCAUAAAUCGAUAUAUUCCUGAUAUAUACCUCUAUUCAGACGUUUACAAAGGUGACGAGAGUGGAAAAUCCCCAGGUUAUGCGUUGACCCUCUUGGCUGAAUCGACGACCUCGGCAAUCCAUUGUUCGGAGGCGAUAUCUCGACCAGGAGUGACACCAGAGGAGAUAGCGCUGGAAGCUACUCGAGCUCUCUUAACAGAGAUUGAAAGGGGAGGUUGCGUCGAUCAAAAGCACCAGACACUUAUCCUAAUGAUGAUGGUGCUCGGCAGUGAAGAUGUUGGUCGCUGCCGGAUGAGUGAACCGACGCCUCGGACGAUACAAUUUCUACGAGACAUCCGCGAUUUCUUUGAUCCCGACUGCUCGCAGUUGUUAUAUUCGUGUUAUGGAAGCGGAUAUGUGAAUGCCAACCGGACAAUCGCAUGA